GGCUAUGAGACGAGCGCAGUUGCAAAGCGGCAGCCGCAACGCUUGGACGUGUCGCGAACGGCAAAUUUACGCAAACGAAUACGAAACGGAGUCAAUAGCAACAGAGCAGCAGCAGUUAACCGAAUGUAUAUCAAAAAAACACGCGCCAUGCGCCACCUUCUAGCCAGCGUCCUUUGUUUUCUGCUGUGGCCAACCGCUCACAUUUCUGCUCUGGCUCCAUCACCUGGCUUACAGGUGGUCAAGCAAUGGAAGCUGCUUGGCUAUAACUUUCCGCAAUCCUCCCGUUCCAACGAUGCCAACUUUUAUAGUCCAACGAAUGUGCUGAUUACGGGUAUUGCCGUCAGCGAGGAUCGCAUCUUUGUAGCCACCCCAAAGUUAUUAUCGGGUGUUUCCUCGACUGUGAGUUGGGUGCCCAAAGCACAGAUUGGUGACUCACCUACACUGCAGGCCUAUCCCGACUGGUCCUUCUCCAACACGGCUCGAACCAACUUCAAUUGCAGCGAUCUGAUUCUGACUUCGGUUUAUCGACUACGCAUCGAUUCCUGCAAUCGCUUGUGGAUACUGGAUGCGGGUAUCUCUCGCUCUCUGGAGGAUUAUGAGACCACCUGUCCGCCAAAGAUACUUGUAGUCGAUUUGGAUACGGAUCGUGUGGUGCGUCGGAUUGAUUUUCCGCGCGAAGUGCUGCGUGGUGAAUCCCUGUUCACCAAUAUGGUGAUUGAUGAGACCACAGCGAAAAGCUGUGACGAUGUCUUUGUGUAUAUUACGGACACAGUGGAGCCUGGCAUUAUAGUCUAUGACAGCGCCAAGGAUCUCACCUGGCGUCACUCGCAUCCAGCCAUGUACCCCGAUCCGGACUUUGCACAGUCCGAGAUUCUCAACGAUCGCUUUGUGCUGAUGGAUGGCGUAGUUGGCUUGGCAUUCGAUGAACGCAACGGCAUUGUUUACUUCCAGCCGCUGGCCACAGAUCGCGUGUUCUCUGUGCACAAGAACGUCUUGAGAAGCGGUCCCUUGGCCAAUGGUCAAAUGCUGGAUGUUAAGCUGGUGGGCAAGAAGUCAUCGCAGGGCAUUGGUUUGGCGGUUUCACCCUACGAUAGCAGCCUGAUCUUCAGUCCGCUAAGUGAGACAGCCAUCGCCUCGUGGAAUCCCUCGACCAAUCAGCAAUCAGUGCUGGCGCAAGAUCGCGACAACCUGCAGUUUGUGGCGGAUAUAACUAGGACGCGUUCAGAGCCAGGUGUUAUCUAUGCCAUUGCCUCAAAGUUCCAUCGCUUCUUCCUGAAGAAUCUCAAUCCCAAUGAGUACAACAAUCGCAUAGUGCGCCUGGAACUGCCGACAGGUAAAUCGCCCGGCAUUAAGACACCCCUGUUGGGUCAUCAGUUGGCAGUGACACCCAAGGGAGCUGCUCAGAAUAGCUUGCUGCCAUAUGGUGUGUAUACGCCACACACACAGACGCACACACACACGAACGCACUGCAAACGUAUUUUACGAGUCCGGCGCUAACCACAAGGACACCCUACAAAUUCGAGAAUGCGGGCGUGGUCAAUUAUGGUCUGCGCAAUCCGUUCACAGCACUCAAUCAGGGCGAGGCGUUUCCGCCUACGAAGGCCACACGGGACAUCUAUCAGCGUUCCUAUCUGGAUACCUUGGUGGCUGAUCAUGUGACCACUGCACCUGCAUCUGCAGUGCCUUACUCUGCAUCGCCAGCGCCUUAUUCUACAUCCCCAGUGCCUUAUUCUACAUCCCCAGCGGCUUACUCAGCAUCGCCAGCUACUUACACCACCCGGCACAAUGGCUAUUACUAUCAUUUAAAUUAAUUCAUGAUUUUAGCACAGCUUUUGAUUAUUUUUUCGUUUUGUAAAUAUUAUUUUAUUUAUUUACUCUUUUUCUAUUUCUUUCUUGUAAAUACUUUCUUUUUGUUUUUAUUUCAAUUACUUAUGCGGCUCAUUCGAAAAUAAAAAUUAUAAUAUACACUUG